AUGCCAUCAAACAGCACGUCAACCUCACGCCCAGGAUCAUCCCGUCGGAGCCGGAAAGGGUCGGAAAAUAGAGGAGAUGCUGGUGGGGCUGACAGUGGUAACAAGUCAGAGCAGGGAGGGGGGAAGGGAGCUGAGAAGGGAGGGGAGAAUGGGGGGGAGAAGGGAGGGGAGAAGGGAGGGGAGAAGGGAGGGGAGAUGGGAGGGGAGAAGACAGGGGGAAGUGCAAGUGGAGAGAAGCAAGGGGGGGAAGCGAGUGGGGUUAAGAGUGAGACAGAGAAAGAGAAGAAGGCAAGAGAGUGGGAGGAGCGAAAGCAGCUUGCAAAGGGCAAAGUGAGGGAAAAGGAGGAUCCUGCAGAGAAAAGAAAGCGGGAGGAAGAGGAGAGAAAGGCAAGGGAAGCUGAGGAGAGGGCGAAAAGAGAGGAAGCUGAGAAGGCGAGGAAAGAGGCAGAGAAGGGUAAGGGAAAGGACAGGGGGAAGGGCAAAGGGGGAAGCAGAAAAUCACCCAAGCUACCGCCUGGGAGGAAUACAGGGCCCCACCGAUUGAACCUCUCUUCGGCUACUAUCACUUCCCAAGCCUCUGUCGGUCUCAACCCAUUCGCUCUCUUCCCCCACUCUCACCUCUUCCUUCCUGGCCUCGUAACCCUACCUUGCCCCCACUCAUGCCUCUCCCCCAACCUCAAUAGCCACUCAGUCCUCUCCUCUCUCUCCAUCUCUCCCACUCACCUCUCCACUCACAUCCUCUCCCCUGAUUCCAUCUCCCCUUCAAAUCUCUCCUCUCCCACUCUAUCCUCUCCAAAUCUCUCCUCUACACACUCUCCACUUAUCCUGCCUUAUGGCGAGGACGAGAAUCCUGAGGUGUGCAAGACGAAGGAGAACGGGUACUUCAAGUGCCAGCGGCAGCAGAAAGUGGUUGUUCCGGGGUUUGAAGAGGAGGGGGGCGUGUGGGUCGAUGUUUAUAUUGACGCCUCGGAGGUUUGUGAUGGAAAGAACGAUUGUCCCUUAGAGGGUGAUGAUGUAGGGGCCACCACUGGAGCUACUACCACUGCUGCUGCUGUGGCCAAUACAAGCAUGGAAGCAUUGGCUUUUAGUGACGACGAGGAUCCAGCGAUGAGUGGGAAAUGGUCGGAUAAGAGAGGAGAAGCUGGAGGAGCUGAUAGUGGUAGCAAGGCAGAGCAGGGAGAGGGGAAGGUUGAGAAAGAAGGGGAGAAGGGAGGGGAGAAGGGAGGAGAGAAGGGAGGCGAGAAGGGAGGGGAGAAAACAGGGGAGGGUGCAAGGGGAGAGAAGCAAAGGGGAGAGGCGAGUGGGGUGAAGAGGGAGACAGAGAAAGAGAAGAAGGCAAGAGAGUGGGAGGAGCGAAAGCAGCUUGCAAAGGGCAAAGCGAGGGAAAAGGAGGAGGCUGCAGAGAAAAGAAAGAGGGAGGAAGAGGAGAGAAAGGCGAGGGAGGCAGAGGAGAAAGUGAAAAGGGAGGAAGCUGCGAGGGCAAGGAGAGAGGCAGAGAAGGGUAAGGGAAAGGACAAGGGGAAGAGCAAAGGGGGAAGCAGAAAAUCACCCAAGCCACCGCCCGGGAAGAAAGCCGGGGUAAGAAAGGCCAGGAAAAGCCUUCAGUGA